GAAAUGGCAACGGUAACGGUUAUAGUAACGGUAACGGCAACGGAAACGGCAAGCCCAGCAGCACCUACGGUGUACCAACGAACGGUAACGGUAACGGUUACACCAACGGCGGUGACGCUAACGGCGAAGCCGAGGAACCCGCCAAAUACGAAUUCGAAUACGAGGUCAAGGACGCGGAGAGCGGCAACGAUUUCGGCCACAAGGAACAACGGGACGGGGAUUUGACCACCGGCGAAUAUUUCGUCCUUCUGCCCGAUGGAAGGAAGCAAAUCGUCGCUUACGAAGCGGAUACCGACGGUUACAAACCCAACAUCAGUUACGAAGAAACUAACGGAGGAAACGGUGGUUAUACAAACGGAGGUUACCCUAGUAACGGUAAUCCCAGUAAUGGGAAUGGUAAUGGGAAUGGUAAUGGGAAUGGAGGUUAUCCCAGUAAUGGAAACGGCAAUGGUAAUGGAAAUGGAAAUGGAAACGGCAACGGCUACAGCUACUAAACGCGUUCAUUAUUUAUUUUCCGAUAAAUUAUUGGAGCUCCUCGAGGCCUCCG